AUGAAGAUAACAGGCGCCUUUGUGCUCCUCAUCCUGGCAGAUCUUUGCUUAUCAAAUGCUGCCGAAGAGACUGAAGUAGACUGCAGUGAAUACAAGAGGUUAGAGAGAGGAAAACCUAUUUACUGUGAAAGACUCUAUCAACCUUUUUGUGGCUCUGACGGGAAAACAUAUAACAACAAAUGCUCUUUCUGCAAAGCAGUCCUGAGAAGCCGAGGUGCCUUACACAUGAAGCAAGCAGGGGCAUGCUGAAUGAAUUCUGCAUAACAGAGAAGAGUGCUGAGAACAGCUUUACACUGCCUUAUCACGAUCUCUUAAUUUAAUUUCAUUUAUCCUGCCUGUUUUGACAAUGGUGAAAAAAGCACAAAGUAGGCUUUUCAGCUGUGCUCUGUCAUUU